GAAAUUUGGGUUCCCGAAAAAUGUGCUGCUCACUUUCUUUUCCCUUACUAAAGAGCCCAAGCAUGUGGACAAGGUCAUCGGUCCUUCCCAAUGGCAAUUUCGGUAUUUAAGAAAACAUACUAUCGACUGGGAAACCGAAAAUGCACGUCGUAAAGGGGCUUCGAAUGCAUAUUGCUGAACACCAAAAUAAAAACAGAACUAAAAAUAAACAAGCUAUGAUAAGAAGCCAAUAGAAACAAUUUUUUGAUCCAAUUGGCGAGAGAAAAUAUAUGAUUAAGUGGCUUCUCAUCGAGUAUUAAUCAGAGAUCGAUAGGGAAUCAGUGGAUCAUCACUGUUUCUCUUCUGUUUUCUGUAUUGUGCUUCAGAAAUUCACAUUACGAAACAGAAAUGGCUUCCAAUCCUUCUUUACAUCCUCAGAUAGGACCCGAUGGCCUCGCUAGAGAAGCUCCUGUUAUUGCCUACACCGAGAAGAAAAUCGAGGAAGAGCAGCUUCAAUUAAAAAGAUAUAUUGAAGAAAAUUACUCAAAAAUACGCGAUGUGGAGAGAGAGCUAGCAAACCUUACAAUGGAAAUGAAGCUUACAGCUGGACCUAAAAAAGCAGCACUUGAACAUAUGAGAAAGAAAAUAGAAAUGUCAACUGAAAGAAUUCGCAUUGCCAGGCAGAAGGAAGAAGAAGCGCGAAAGGUUUGU